UUUUUGGCCGGAUAUGAAGCCUAUCAACUGGGCAUUCAGCCCACUCCAAAGCAUGUGGAGAAUUCCACCUCCAAGGUCAAUCGGGUGAGGUCCUUCUUGUUCCACCUAUCGGCGGGGAAGAACCACCUCGCCUCGUGGCUCUUUCUCGACGACAUGCCUGCAGUAACAAAGUAUGCAACGCAUCUGUUGAGGGAGGGCAAGGAGGUCACGACCGUCAGCUUUUACCUCCGGAACAUCAUCCAGUUCCUGGGGUACCUGAAGGACACCCCGCCCAGGGCCUGCAGGUUACGGAAGCCCCAAAUCCACGGGGUAAUCAGGGCGGUCCACAUGGCCGUGAAGAAUUUGGCCAGGCCCAUAGUGACACACCAGCUGAAAGUGAAGGCCAAAAAGAUGGCCAGCAUUGUCUCCAGGGAGAACCUGAAGAGGUGCCAGGAGCAGGCCAGGGUGGCGAUCCCGGAGCUGCUGACCAGGAUGGAGGACGACAGCUCUUCCAACCUCAGAGACGACCUUUACGGGUACUUCUCGGCCUUUGUCAUCACCAUCUAUGGACACAGGCCGGGAGUACUCACCAACAUGACCAUCUCUGAGGUUGAGGCGGCCAAGGCGGACCCUCUCCUCCCGACUGACUCCGGCUACGUCAUCACUAUCGACGAGCACAAAACCAACCGCACCUUUGGUGGAGCCCAGAUUUUCCUGACCUUCGAGGAGUUCUCCUGGCUGGAGAGGUGGCUCGAGGUCAGGAAACGUCUGGGCUCCAAGAGCCAGAGGGUGUUCAUCACCACAGGUGGAAGGCCGUUGAAAAACAUGGUCCGAUAUAUGCAGGUGGUCUGGGCCCACAUGGGCCUGCCUGGACGGCCUACGUUCACGGACCUGAGGACGGCGGUGUCUGGUCACGUCAAAAAUGUCCACAGUGAAACCACCAGGGACCAGCUCGCCCGCUUCAUGUGUCACGACACCGAGACCGCCGACCGCUAUUAUGCUCUGGCCCUCGACCGCAGCCAGGCGAAGGAGUUGCGGGGGCACUUUGAGGAGGUGACUGCCUCCUGCUCAACCACCCAGGACCAGGACAGUGGCGACUCGGCUGCAGAGGAGGACGCCGAGGAGAUGGAGGAAGAAGAGGAGAUGGAGGAAGAGAGGAUCGAGUCUGAGGCGGUGGAGGACCAUGACAUUCAAAAUAAAAUGAUUUAAAUGCA